AUGGCCACCAACGAAGCGCAAAACGCGUCGGCAGACGUCGUCUCAGCGGAUGCCCACAUUUCUACGGGGAACAGUGACUUUCCAACCGCCAAUGGCAAGCGCAAAGCCGAUUCUGAGCUCGACCGAGCCGCCAAAAGGAUUUCGCCAGCGACCGAGAUUCCAGAACCGACGACAGAUGUGGCCAACUCUGGGGACGGAGGGGGCAAUUCUGAAAUAGCAACUGGAGAAAACCCACCACUUUCUAAAAACCAACUCAAAAAGCUACGAAAGCAACAGCAAUGGGAAGACUUCAAACAAGAUCGGCGGGCCAAGCGCAAGGACAAACGGCACGAGAAACAAGCCCGCAAGCGCGCCGAGAAAGAAGCCAUAAUUGCCGAAGCCGAGGCUGCCGGGCUUGACCCGGCGAAGGUGCUUCAACAGCAGCAAAAACAGCCUUGGAAGUUCCGUCCCGUACCGGUGUCGUUCAUCAUCGACUGCGAUUUCGAGGCGUACAUGCGCGAGCCAGAGUUGGUGUCGUUGUCAAGCCAGCUAGUGCGGUCGUACGCGAUGAACCGGAAGUCAAAAUACCAGGCUGCGUUGCACUUUAGCUCGUGGGGAGGUAAGCUCAGGGAACGGUUCGAAACGGCGUUGAAGAACACACACCAUAACUGGAAGAAUGUGGGGUUUCACGAGGCCGAUUUUAAGGCUGCCGCAACGAGUGCGCGCGAGCAGAUGAUGGGGCCAGAUGGCGGGGAAGUCAUUGAUCUAAUCAAGCCCUCAACUUCCGAAGGCGAAGCCGUGGGUGAGACCGAAGGCCAGGAUGAAGAAGAUGUAGACCGUACAGUGGUUUACCUGACCUCGGAAUCACCACAUACCCUUGACCGGCUAGAAGCCAACACCAGCUAUGUUAUUGGCGGGAUAGUCGACAGAAACAGAGAAAAGGGGUUAUGCUACAACCGAGCCAAGGGGUUCAAGGUUCGGACGGCCAAGCUACCGAUCGGCGAGUACAUGGCCAUGCAAAGUCGGUAUGUCCUGACAACCAACCAGGUGGUGGAAAUCAUGGCGAAAUGGUUGGAGUGUGGCGAUUGGGGGCAGGCAUUUAUGGAUGUGAUCCCGAGGCGUAAAGGAGGGACACUUAAGGACGAUGCGACAGGGAUCCCGGAGAAAGAGGGUGCAGACGAUGACGAUGAGCAUGAUGGCCUGGGGGAAGCUGUGGAUCAGGUAGUUGGGGAAGAUGUAGAGGCUGGGGCUGAAGAGGCUCCCUAA